AUGCCUUCACAACCUACCGCUCAAGGCUGGGACUUCGGCUCUGUCUUUGAUCUCAUCGACUCCGGAGACGUCCACGAUGUCGGCUCUCCAAAGCUUGAGACACGCACUCCUCUUGUCCGGCCAAGCCUUGCAGCCCCAGACGGCGGCAUACGUUUGGGCAGCUUUGUCAAGCUGUUUGAGGAUCUUGGCAUAGCAGAAGAUGCACCACUACCUCCGCUGUCGCCUUUGGACCCAGAUUCGGGCAUUAGCAAUGCCGGUGACGUUCUGUUACCCUCUCCUCAAUUUGAGCUGGACGUCAGCCUUUCCGAGCCUACCACAAGCACAGACGAUUCACAGACUGUGUUGACCAAGAAGCAACGCAAGCGAGCUCGUCAGCAGGCUGAGAAGGAGCAAGAGCAAAAGCAGCAGGAAUCUCGACAGCAAGAGCAGAAACAUCAAGCAAAAGGACCCUUCAAAGAAGCCCAACGCAAGCAGCUGCAGAAACGGCUCGAAAGCGUCUUCGAAGCGAGACCUGUCAUAGCUACAGCGGCACCUACACCCACACCGAGUCUACCUCUCAAAAUUACGCAGAUUGAGCAGACCCCAUCAAAGAAGUCUCGCAGUCGCUCCCCUUCAAAACAGCUGCAGUCUGAGUCACCUACGAAGCCGGCGUCGUCUAAUUCUUCUAUCAAACCAUCCCGGCCCACAUCUCCCGUGAAGCAGCUUCGAGCUCAGUCACGAUCCAAUGUAGGAGCUAAGAUCAGACCUGCUACGCCCGUUCCCGUGAUGGAAGUACAGCAGCCCAUUGCUUCACCACAGAAGAAGGCGCCAGAGACACCGGCGCCGGUUAAGUCUCAGCGCUCCGCACCGAAGGAGCGACUGAGCUCUACCACGCAGCCAGCAACACCUCAGGUUCAGCCUACGCAAAGCCAUCACGCACACAUCGCGCCGUCGGCCACACCUACUCCUUUCGAGUACGGCAGUGGCCACGGCCUUGUACCACGAACCGUUCGUCCUGUGACCCUCCCGCGAUCUUCGCAAUCUACCGUCAUUGCGCAGCCUACGACGCCGACACGCGUCCCUGUUCCUACUCCUGCACGAAACUUCACUACUCCUUACAACGCUCCCGAGGCAAUCACUGUAAGGCCAUCUGUUGAACGACAUCUUCACUUCCACGCCAAGCUUCUCAACACCUUUCCUGAGGAUGCGAAGUAUAUUGUAGCACCCAGGCAGUUGGUCAACGAGAAGACCAUGGCUGAAGGCAUACAUGUCUUCGUUGAUGCUUCCAACAUAAUGAUUGGAUUCAAAGACAUACUUCGGAAGUAUGGAGUGCGCCAACAUGACAUGGCUUUUGACAGCCUUGCUCUCUUGUUGGAGCGCCGUCGACCCGUUGCAAAGCGUGUUUUCGCUGGAUCACACCGCGAGGCCAACCCUCUGCCACAGAUCAAGAAGCUUGUGGACACGUCCAAGGCGGUAGGAUACGAGAGUAUUUUGCAAGAACAGGUCUUCAUUAGCAGAGAAGACUCGGAGAAGAAGAAAUUCUUUGACGACGUCAAGAGGCUAGGCUGGCACAAGGCCAAUCAACUACGUUCUGGCAGCGGCAGUGACUCUGAAACGGGUCCGCCGGCUCCGAAGACACCUUCUGCCCCGAGAUGGGUAGAGCAAGGUGUGGACGAGAUUCUUCAUCUGAAGAUGUGCCAGAGCAUACUUGACACGGACGUGCCGAGCACUAUGGUGCUUGCGACGGGCGACGGCGCCGAAGCUGAGAUGUCAGACGGGUUCCUUGCCCAUGUUGAGCGUGCGCUGAAGCGAGGCUGGAGAGUCGAGCUGAUCAGCUGGAGGCAGCAGACCAACGGAGGAUACAGGAACAAGAAGUUCAGGACCAAGUGGGCCGAGCAGUUCAAGAUCAUCGAGCUGGACGACUUUGUGGAGGAUUUGAUUGACACUGCAUGA